GCAGAAAUAUACAGAAAAACCCUAAACAUGAAUGACAGCCUCCUUAAACCAUACUUUGUAGUUUCUGUGAGUGCUGCAGGACUCUAAGUUUUCUUUCAUAGAUAUUUAUCUCAAGUUCAACGUGUGAAAUGGAUUAGCUCCACAAAAUAAUUGGUGGUUUCUUUUCAGUUUCAUUAGUACAAAAAAAAUGGAAAAACAUGAGGGACGAAUACGUGAAAGUUAGAAAAGGAACCUCAAAGAGCCAAUAUGGUCCAGAAUACCAUUUGCAAAUGAAAUUUAUGGAUCCCCAUCUACCAUCAGUUGUUUCCUUGCUUUCUUCAAAAUCAAGUAUUAGAGGAGAAAAAAGAAAUAAUAAUGAUGAUGAAGAAACAGACUCACAAUCAGAUGAUGAUCAAUUUGAUUCAACUCGAACUUCAGCCAGUUUAAAGUCUGUAGAUAAAAUGAAUGGGCUGGAUCUUAUAUUGCUAGGAGUUUCCAAGCUAAUGGAAACCUAUCCUCAGGAACUUUCAGAAGUUCAGAGUUCCAUGGAUGAAGUAGAUGAAAUAUGUUCACUGAUUACCAAAGUAAUAAAACAAUAUGCACAAUCCGAGCCACAUUUAGCAAGUCCCUCAAUAAGCAAGUUUUUAAUGGAGCAAUUGGCUAAUAAUGGUCCAUUAAACCAGAUUGAAAAUAGGGUUCGUGCGCGGCCAUCCAAAGUACGGAAACUGACUGUUAGAGUGAAAAAAGAACUUUGGUAGUUUUUUUUUUUUUAUUAUUUAGAUAUUAUUACAUUAUGUUUGGAAGUUUAUUUUGUUUGUGAAAUUUACUCAGUUUAUUAUGUUUGUAAAAUUUAGCUAGUUUAUUUUGUUUUUGAAAUUAGGUUUAUUUGGUUUUUGAAAUUCUGCAUCCAGUUUUACAACUCAUGCGUUAUAAACAAAAAAAAAAGUUUGUGUCUUCAGAAAUACUUAAGUUUAUUUUGUUUGUG